AUGGCGGGAUACAUUCGCAACCCCCAAUCCCAGCACAUCGCCGCUAAAGGCAAGCAAAAAGUGCCGCAGUCCGGGCUCGAAGUCGCAGCAGCGAUCUUGACCCUCCUCGAGACCUCGAGCAGCAUCAUUGAGCAGAUACACGACGUCUUCAAGUCCCAGAAGGAGCACGCCUGUCCCCUGCGGAAUUACUACGACCAUGAAGCUCGCCGACAGCCCGGGAACAUAGCACAACCCAGUCAUAGCAAGCCCGACGACCUGAGUAUCGCGGAUAUCUCCCCGCAGCUGGCAACGAUGGAGAACCUGGCGCAGCGGCUCGUGGGCCAUAUCACCCGGUCCAGGCUCGAUCUACUGGUGGUGAUCCAGGCGGCGGUAGCCAACAUCCAGCAUUCCAGUGGCCAGGACAUGGUGGCGCAUGCGGAGGUGGUCCAUCAGAUCGAUAGUCACAUUCAGCAGGUACUGGGGGAAGGUCGGGGGCUGAGGAUUGCCGCACUGGUUGAUGAUCAUUCGAUCUCCGGGAGAAAGGAAGCUGGCGGUGCGGAACGGGCGACCGAGUCCACGGAUGCCUAUGAGAAAAAGGAGCGAGUGAUCGAGAAUAACCUGGCGCAGAUGCAAGCUUUGCAGAUCAAUGGCCCGGUAGGAGAGGAUCGGUGGCAGUCGAUGGGCCGGCUGGUCAUCCGGGAGAAUCGAGCCAGCGCAUUCAGUACCCAGGUGAAUUACCCGGUGUCGGAGGGGAUUGUCUAUGCGCUGGUGCUGGACCGAGUAGUCAAGUAUGUCUGUAUACUUGCAUUGCUGUAUAUGCCAUUCUCGUGGCUGUUCCAGAUGCAAAGGUAG